CGUCAUAGGCGCUGCUGCCUCCGCUGCUGAAAAUUCACUCUCUGUCUGUUGCUCAUCGUCGGCAACGGACCAAGAAUAAAAUUCCCAGCAACAAAUUCGCGCAGAAAAAAUACAUAAAAAUCUAUUAGAAAAAAAUACGCGUAUAAAAAGAAUUAUCAAGGCGAGGCAACAUAAAAAUAUAAAAAAAAACAAAUAGAAAAAUAAACGAAAAAAAAAAAACACGGAAAAUCUGAAUGAAAGAACUUUUUCGGACAACUUCCCUCGACGGUGCUAAUGUGCAAAGUUUUGUGUUUUCAUCAGCAGAAACGACAAGAGAAACGGGAAAAACAAGCAAAGAAUUCACGGCAAAUUAUUUAAAAAGAGUGUGCGAAUAGACGGGCGACGACAUCGGCCCCUGGAGAAUUUAACAGCAAUAACACCGGGAAAAAAAAACAAACCACCAGAGGAAAUAGUCGAGAUAAGUCGAGAGGACCGCAAGCAGUUCCCACAAAGACGACGAAAUGCCGUUUGUGACGCCCCGUGCGGGAACAAGCAGUGCAAGCAGUGCGCCCGGCGGACGCACCACAUUCCGCCCACCAUGGGUGAAGGACGACGGCGGCACCACUGCCACCACCAGCACCACAAAGCCCAGCACCACGCCAUGGGCAAAGAAAACAGCCACGACAACGGCCGCAACUCCGGCGACCAAGGAAAACGGGGAAAAGUCCACUGCAACCAAGCCAAAGGCAGCAGCAACCACCACUGCAGUUGCGAAGAAAACCCCUGAGCCGACUAAAAAGGUGGCCGAGCCAGCCAAAAAGGUGACGGAGCCUGUGAAGAAAUCUUCCCUGUCCACAACGGCGGCCAAGAAGACACCGGAACCCGUGAGCACCAAGAAAGCGCCAGAGCCAGUCAAAAAAGUGGCGCCCACUGUGGGGCUCAAAAAGCCUGUGGCCACCACCUCGGCACUAAAAAAGAAAAAGGAGCCGACACCACCACCCGAAUCCUCAUCCGAGGAGGAAGAGAGCGAGGAGGAGGAGGAGACCGAAGAGGAAUCUGGGUCCGAGGAAGAGGAGGAAAGCGAGGAGGAGAGCGAGUCCGAGGAGGAGGAGAGCGAGGAGGAAGAGGACACCACUGUGGACGAGAAGGUGCCCGAGCACGUGAAGAAGGCGGCCCAACUACGCCCCACCACCGUCAACAAGAAGCCGGAACCGGAAAGUGAGUUGAGCCAACGUUUUACCAUGGAGAAACCCAAGUUACGCAGCGUGGUGGUCAAGCGGGACAAGUCCUUGAAAAAGAUGGCCACCGAGGACGACGACGAGGCCGAGGAGGGCGAAACGGAGGAGGAGCGCGACAAGCGGCGCCGCUUUAAAAUGGAGAAGCCCAAGUUGCGGCACGUGAAGCGAGAGGAGAAGCCCCUGCCCAGCAAGAGCACCGACGACCUGGCCAAAAUCCGGCCCGUGCUUAAGAAGGUACCCAAAAUCGAUGAGCUCCUCAAGGAGCCAAAAGAGGAGCCCAAGCCCGAGUUCACGACCAAGACCCUGCGCAAAGCGUCCAUAAAGCGCGAGCCGAGCAUCAAGUGUGGUAAGUCAUCCGAUCCGAUUCAAUCCGAUCCGGAGCCAGCUCCAGUGAUGGAAUCUAACCCGAUGCCCGACUGGAUUAACCCGAUUAACCUCUGCGAAUGGAUCGACUCAACAAGCGCUGUAAAUUUUCGCCCCUGCUUCUUUAAUGUCUAAUGUCUAACCAGAAAUGUUUGAUUUACGUUCGUGGAUGGCUGUGGGUAUAUACAUAUAUUUUUUAUAUUUUAUAUUUUUCGCCUCUUCUGCCUCUGCGAUUUUCAUU